CCACAGUACAGUAAUCCAGAGUUUAAAGCAAAGAUUUAAACAUUUACAAGAACGUGAACCUGACUUCAAGCAACUUAUUGGCCCUGAUUGGAAAGAGAGAAUGAAGUGGAUAAUUUUUGCCCUUUGCUGUUUCCAUUUGUCAGAAUGCCUUAAAAGAAUUCCACUGAAGAAGCACAAAUCAGUCAAGCAAACAAUGAGAGAGAAAGGGAUACUCUCGUAUUUCUGGGAGCACCAUAAGAUGGAUAUGGUACAAAUGGGUCAAGCUCAGGAGUGUUCUGCCAUACAAAUGACAUCUGAGCCCCUUCUCAAUUACAUGGAUACUCAGUAUGGCGGGGAGAUUUCCAUUGGCACACCACCUCAGAAUUUCACUGUUGUAUUUGAUACUGGUUCAUCCAAUUUAUGGGUACCUUCGGUUUAUUGCUACAGCAGAGCUUGCAAAGACCAUGACAAGUUCAUCCCAGAUAAAUCAUCGACUUAUACAAGGGAUGGCCGUCCUUUCUCUAUCCAUUAUGGUACAGGCAGUCUGACAGGAAUAAUUGGAAUAGAUACUGUAACGGUUGAAGGCAUCACCAUUGUGAACCAGAAGUUUGGUGAGAGUGUGACAGAGCCUGGCACAACGUUUCUGUAUUCCCCAUUUGAUGGGAUUCUUGGACUGGCUUACCCAUCUAUUGCAACAGCAGAUGCCACACCAGUAUUUGACAACAUGAUGGCGCAAGGCUUGGUAAACUUGCCCAUAUUCUCUGUGUAUCUUAGCAGAAAUCCAAAUGAUGAGUCUGGGAGUGAAAUUGUUUUUGGUGGAUUUGAUACUUCGCACUUCACUGGUGAACUUCACUGGAUUCCUGUGACCAACAAAGGAUACUGGCAAAUUCAGUUAGACGGUGUGAAGGUCGGUGGAACUGUUCUGUUCUGUGAAAAUGGAUGCAAAGCCAUUGUCGACACUGGCACAUCUCUCCUUACUGGACCUACCAAGAGCAUCAAUGCACUACAGAACAGGAUUGGGGCGGUUUCUAGCAGAAAUGGAAUGUACUCCAUAGACUGUGAUUAUAUGUCCAGUAUGCCUGAUGUGACGUUCACAAUAGGAGGUGUUGACUAUGUUCUUCCGCCACAGGCCUACACACUUCAGGAGGAGGAUGAAUGGGGACGAAUUUAUUGCAACAGUGGAUUCCAAGGCAUGGACAUACCUCCACCUGCUGGACCAUUCUGGAUCCUGGGUGACGUCUUCAUUGGCUCUUAUUAUGCAGUGUUUGAUAGAGGGAACAACAGGGUGGGCCUGGCUAAAUCCAUCCCGUAAUGUCCUAUUACACUGAUUCAGGCAGACAGGGUUGCAACGUUUAUUGCAGUUACUUAGAAUGUUGCUAAAACUCCAAUGUGUAUAGCAUCACUUUGAAAUUAAGGAUUUUAACAUUCAGAAAUCACCGCAUUAAAAUCUUCUGUCAAUAAUUUGCCAUGUAGCUAAAAGUCUCCACUCGCAGCUUGCAAAUUCACAGUACAAUCUUUACUAGGGUUUUGAUUUUUUUCAGGAUUUUGAUUUAAAAUAAAUCUUAGGGCAGGCAGUGUCAUUGUUGCUCACAAUUACAUUUAGAAAAUAUGGCAUAGAGCCCAGUGUCGGUGCUGUUUAAAUGAUAUUUGCCCUUUAAACCAAUUGCUAUGAAAAUACUCAUUGCAUUCAGAGAUUAAGUUUACCGACCAGUAAUUACUUUGCCCUCAGGGUGAUUUUAUUGAAUAUACUGAGAACUUGAAGCUAAAAUGUUAGAUAGUUACGUUUGACUUUCAUUGCAAUGCACUCCUAUCCACAAAUCUGGGCAAAAUUGCCACUUUGAGAGCCAACCAUGUCCUGGGAAAGGAGACACAGAUACCACUAUUAUGUGUCAGGAGACCUCCCACCAUGUACGUGGCAAGUACUCAUAUGACUCAGCCAACGUAUUCUAUCUCAUACGCCUGCAGGCAAAGAUGCCCUGAGGCAUGGUACAUUGGAGAGACCAAGCAGAGGCUACAGCAACAGAUAAAUG